GGCCGUCUUCCAGUGAAGUGGACAGCUUAUGAGGCGUUGCUCUAUGGUGCAUAUACCACCAAAAGUGACGUAUGGAGUUAUGGAGUUGUUCUUUACGAGAUUUUCACCAUAGGCGGUUCACCUUACCCAAGAAUGGAUGGAAAAAAAAUUGCCAACUUACUUGGAGAGGGCUACAGAAUGCCUAAACCACAACACGUGGAUAAUGAAUUGUAUCAGAUCAUGAUGAGAUGCUGGCAAAAUGACCCGGAUGAAAGACCAGCUUUCACCGAAUUAAAAAAACAGCUUAAAGACAUGGAAAGUCUACACAAGAGGCUGAUCAACAUGAGAAUUUACGACAAGAGGUUGUACGUAAACGUCGAGGAUUUGAUAGUGUAGUUAAGUACACGUCAGUGUUUGAUUGGCGAACUGUUUGAACAUUUUGCCGCAACAAGCUCUAUGGAAUGACCAUCCUCGCUUGAAAACUCUUUUGCCGGGAAAACCAAAGUUUCCUUUUUUCUGGGGAAGCUGUCGAACAUUUCUUUUUGCUUUACUUGGACCGCCAAUACUGUUGAUACCGAAGGCAAAGACUCAGGCACUGAAAACUGAGCACAAGUCUCAUUAUGCGGUUUUUUCUAAGUUGUUCUUGUACUGUCUCUACUGUUUAAAAGGUGUACAAUUUGGCCGAAGAGCGCGAUAGUUUCGUACUUUCCAGAUACGACUACUCAAUCAGCUGAGCCGAUGGAUCGUAAUUAAUUUCCUUCUGAAGACUGACCAUAGCCAUAUUUUUCGUCUCAUCUUUGUACCGUAGGUUAUCCACUAAAUAAAAAAAUUUCAAAAUAUUGAAACACAACGACAACCUAAAGUGGGGCUCUGUCCUAUCCCAUUGCGCUUCAAUACGGUUGUCAAUUAGAGCAAAUUCCGAAGUCUAAGGUGUUACUGACUGUGAGUUUUCAAAAGUCACGUUAUUUGAUGCAAUU